UAAGCGAAAACUAGAUACAAAGAGCACAUGUGGUUUAUUUUUUCCGUGUUCAAUUUAUCAUUUAGACAUCCGGCUUAUAUGUUGUAUGAGAGAACAGAUUUAGUUUGUUGUUAUUACGCUAUCUAGAAUUGUUUGAAUUCUACAUUACAGUAUAAAUUAAGUUCGUUGAAUGUUUGGAGUUCCUCAGUGAAGCGAUUUAGAUUAUUAAUCGCCGAGAGGGUAGAUUAUUGAUAUAUCAUAUAUAUCUUAUAUAUUUAAUUUUAGUUAUUGUUAUAGAAAUAAAAAUGGAAGAAGUUAAUCCAAAAGCAUAUCCUUUAGCGGAUGCAACUCUAACCGCAAAAAUUUUAAAUCUCGUAAAACAAGCUGUAGAUUAUCAGCAAUUACGGAAGGGUGCGAAUGAAGCAGCGAAAACUUUAAAUCGUGGCCUUUCAGAAUUUAUCGUAAUGGCUGCGGAUGCUACACCAUUAGAAAUUCUCUUGCAUUUACCGUUGUUAUGCGAAGAUAAAAAUGUACCUUAUGUUUUCGUCCGUAGUAAACAAGCUUUAGGUCGUGCUUGUGGAGUAUCUAGGCCAGUUGUAGCCUGUUCCGUUACAGUUAAUGAAGGAUCACAGUUGAAACCACAAAUACAAGCUAUACAACAACAGAUAGAACGUCUAUUAGUUUAAGUUAUAUCUCUUCAUUGUACAAUGAUAUUCGAUUCAAGCGUCGAGUUUUUGACUUUUGUAUAGAUAGAUAUUUUUGUCACAUAUCCGGUAUAACAAUAAUUAUUAAUUAUAUUGAAAUUUUCAAUAAACAAUAACAAAAUUAUUUUCUUUAUAUCUUCAAAACUAGUAUAUAUUUUUAUAUGAUAUACAUAUUUUUUUUUUGUAUGUACAAAAUUAGACAUUAAUGGUCAUGGAAAUGAUUCGUUUAACAUUUCAAAUUAUAUAUAUGUUUAUAUAGCACAAGGUCCAAGAUGAAAAUUUUUAAGUAUUGGAAUUUAAUAUUAAAAUUAUUUUGACUUUCUCGCGUGUUACCUUCUUUUCAAAGUUUCAACGAAUGUACUAUUGUUUAAAUAUUAAUUUAUUGUACUACGUAUACAUUAAAGAUUGCUUAAAUAAUUAGAAAAUUAUGAAAAUUGUAACUUAUUGGAAUAUGGCUAUAUAGAUUGAAUGAUUUUUGAUUAUCCCACCGGAAUGCAACAAAAAAGUUACGUGUUAACUAUUAGAAUCAAUCAAAACUGACAAAUCUAGAUGGUUGUCAUUUUUCUAAAUGUUUCUUAUAUCAAUUUUACGUUUUUAGAAUAUAAAUGGAAUUUUUCUAAAUUUUAACAAUAUCUCGGAAACUAAGAUCCAUUGGCAUAAAUGGCUAAAUAUGUGUUUCUUUAUUUUUUCCAUAGAAUCAUCCGCUGAAACUCAUUAAAAUGUCUAAUGAGUUACCGUGUGAACAUUGCAAAAUGCAUUUUAUUGUAUUUGCAAUAAAUCAGAAAAUCUGAGCUUCGGUUUAUUUACAUAAAUGAAGAAGCAAUCAUCUAUUUCACGGAAACACAUACUAUAAUGAAAAUAAAUAGUACAAGCUACUUCUCUUUUACCGCAAAAUUGGAAGGGCGCUAUUAUACGAAACUUUCUUUUCCAUAAAAAAUGUCGGAAGCAGCGUUUACAUCAAUAUCAAGUCCAGGCAUAAUUUUUGAUGAACAAGGUCUCAUUUUAAAGAAGAGGAUUUCAGGUAAGAAUCAGGACUUUUCGAAUUUUUAAGAAAACUUUAUUUUUAUGUAUAAACUAUUCUCGAAAGAAUAUCAUUUUUCGACGUUUUU